UUUCGACCAAUGGGUCUUUCAUCUGUCCAUCACCACUCUAAAAAAUAAGUAAUUACAAAAUGAAACAACCAAAUCUCAAACUCAAAAGCCUGAGUUGAGGUUUCACCAACUCAAGAGAGAGAGAGGGAAAAAAAAAAAAUGCUUCCUUUGUAUCUUGAUCUCCUUCUACAACCCGAUGGAUUCCUCUCUUUGUCUCUGCAAUUACUGCAACAACAUCCUUAACGAUUCUCUCACAGGUCUUUGGUUUUCUUGUUGUUAAGAACUUGAGAUCCUCUAAUGGUUGUUGUACAGGCCACCAAGCUCAGCCUUCCCAACCUUUCUCUUUCUUCUCCACAAAUUUCUUCCCUUCUCUUCGAACCCCAUUCCCUUUCUCUUGCUCUAAUGCACUCAGAUUCUUCUUUCUCUCUCUACCCCUCUUUUUCCCCCCUCUCUCUUUCCUCUCUUCCUUCCCCUCAAGUGGUUGUGCCUUCUCCAUGUUCUUCUGCGGCUUUUGUUGCCCUUCAGAAUUCUAAUUCCAACUCCGAUACUAAGGUUAUGUUUGUGGUCUCUGGCCCCCACAAGGGUGGCUCUCAGAUUCUCCUUCGGUUUUAUGUUUUGGAGAGUUCUAAAUUGUUCAGGAGAGCUCCAGUUGUUUGCACACAGAAGGAUCUUCGAUCUGAUGAUAAAUUGGGUGUUUUGGUCAAUUUUAGACAUGGGAUUUCAGUUCGUUUAGCUGGGUCGGUCAAUUUCUUCGCGAUGUACUCUGUUUCGAGCUUGAAGAUUUGGGUUUUUGCGGUGAAGAUGGUGGGCGUCGGCGAUGAUGGGUUAGGUUUGAAAUUGAUGAGAUGUGCUGUGAUUGACUGCUGCAAACCCAUUUGGUCGAUUAACAUUUCGUUUGGGUUUUUGCUUUUGGGGGAAGAUAAUGGGAUUAGGGUUGUUAAUUUGAGGCCUUUUGUGAGAGGGCGUAGUCGAAAAGUUAGAAAUCUGAAUGCUAAUACGGCUUCUACUGCCAAGCGUGAAGUUCAAAAGUCAUUUUUGCCUUAUGGAGAAGUUUGUGGGACUUCUGGAGGCACUGACUUGAAUGGUGGUUCUCUUGUUGUUUGCAGCAAUGGUUUCAAUCCACAAGCCAGUAGAAGUGAAGAUGCUGGAAGUUCAGCUUGCAAUGGAUGCUUGGACGGAAAAUUGGACAAAAAUUCUAUUUCUGUAAGACCAAGAUGCAUAAAACUAAGACAAGAUUCGAGCGAAGGACUAUAUUUUGUGGCACUGAAUGGCAGAGGAAAUGAAGACCUGAAAUCUGCAAAAAUGACGUCAUUAAAGGCAAUAUCAAUUCAAGCACUGUCUCCCAGGAAAAUGUUGAUCCUGGACUCUGUUGGUGAAUUACAUCUGUUGCACCUUGCUAACACUGCUAAUGGAUUUGAUUUUUCUUGCAACAUUCGGCCAUUGCCUCAUCUAAUGAAAGUUCAAAUGCUGACCAGUGUUCCUGAUACAUCCAUAAGGAACCAAACUGUCUGGCUAUCUGAUGGGCAUCACUCUGUGCAUUUACUGGUGAUACCCGAUGUUGAUUCUGUUGUCACUGAAAAUAUGGGAAAUGAGAGCGAGGAAGUCCUGAUGAAAAGAAUAUCAGUUAUGCAAGCUAUAUUUGCUGGUGAAAAGAUUCAAGACAUAACAUCCUUGGCUGCGAAUGCUGUUUUAAUUCUUGGACAAGGAAGCUUAUAUGCGUAUACAAUUUCCUGAAGUUUCCUCGGUGGGCUUUUUUUCCGGACAUUUUCAUUCAAGGCUCUGUGUUGGAUGAUCUUGUCCAGAGUGGUGGCUUAUGGGCUUCAUGUUCUGCUCAAAUCCUAGCAAUGUGGUCUCUAAUUAUUGUGUUACAGUAAGUCAAUACCAAGAGAGUCAAGAACUGCAGUUUUCUCAUACAUCCAUGGUGCUUACGAUUCAAGAAAACUCAGCUCUGGAUAGGUAUAUUGUUUUUACUUUUAACCUUUUUUCUUAUUAUUGAGAAAUUGAUUUUGCAGGGUUGAACUUCCAAAACCACUUUGUGUAUCCUUCCUUUCCUGCAGAAGGCCUGUAGCUUCAGUUUUGGCUAGUUGCCUACAAGGAAGAACUAGAACUCUCUCUAGGAAAAACUCCAAGUGUCCUAUGUUUGCCACGAACUACCAAACUUCCGCAUUUUUUUUGGUAGAGCUUAAAGGGGACGGGGCUACUUUUACUAAUUUAUUAGAAGUAUUGUACAGUCGGAAAUUCAAAACUAUGAAGCCUUUAAAUGUAUAGGCUUUAGUUUUGGGGAUUGGGAACGGUUUUCAUUGUCCAUCUAAUUACAUUUUACUUCUACUAACCCUUACAAAACUUACUUUUCUAUCACGAAAGGAUAGGUCUACCAAUCACUUGAUCAAAGUGGAAUCUUUGUCUCUUAGGAUUUCUUUUGAUGAAAGAUUUAGGGGAAGAGUCAAAAUUGAGAAAAGAGGGAGAAUUGUGGUUCUAUUUCUGUUCCACACAACUGGUUUCAGUUUUCUAGAGUGAGGACUGUCUAUAGUGUCUGUUAGAUAACUUUAAACGUAACCUGUUCUUUAGACGAACAAGGUAUAACAAUUAUAUAUUUUUAGUGGGUUACAUAUUAUUGUUGGAGAAAUCCUUGUCACAUAGUUGUUGAAAUUUGCUUAAUAGAUUUUGACUGGAGCGAACAUUUAGUAUUUUCUAAGGUGGCCAAAUGAAGAUAUGAAGAGAUUUUAUGAUCCUUGUUAGAAAAUUUCCAAGAAAAUGAAACGAGUAAUGAUCAAAGAUACAAACUCCACGAGGGAAUGCGAAAAGAACCGAACAGAAUACAAAAAACCAUUACAAAGACCCACUAGAGAACAUAUUACAAAGUUGAGUCGAGACCCUUUAAUCAAAUCAGACGUUGCUAGGAAGGAAGGAUCAAAAUUAUCCUGUGAUUGAACCUUGUGGCCCCAAAUUUGCACAUGAAGAUUAAGAAAAUUUUGUUCCUUCUUUUUUUUUGGAUAAUGAUACUGAGGAUUGAGAAGAGGUUAAUAAGAUUAUUGAUGAUAAGAGUAAGGCUUGGAAAGACGAUCAGAUUAAACAAGGGGAAUAUGGCUAAAAGUCUGAAGACUUGGUGGUCAGUAUAAUUAUGAAGAAAUCUGUGAGAUACGGAGAAUAGAAAAGUAAUGGAGCAGAAAAAUUGGAAGGUUUAUUAAAGGAAAUCUGAAAAGUCUUUCCAUUUAAUGAUUUCAAGUGGGAAAAGACUAAUGUUCUCACUAAGACUCUGUUUCGCACUGGUUGGAACAAAAUUCGGGAACCUCUGAAGAACAUGACUGAUGAGGACAGAAUGCUGAAUCCAGUUCAUGUUGAUAUGGUAUUUCAUAAAUCCGAGAGGGUAAAAAUUAAUAAGAAUAGGUGCAAUAUAGGCCUUCUUACAAAUACGGGUAGAGAAUAACAAUAAAAAAAAAAAAGAAAAACAUUAACGAGGACCAUUUAUACAAAUCUUUCUAAAUAACAGAGAUUCAACAAAAUUAAUGACAUGUCCAAGUGCUUUUUUUUUUUUUUGGUUAAGAAGUUUUGUAAGUAUCGAGGAUGGGUUAGAAGUAAGGAGUUACAGUUCAUAAUUGGGAAUUAUCGGAAAAAUGGUUAUGGCACUUUCCCCAUGAAUCCCCUAUCCAGUGUUCUAAGAUUAUCAUGAGCAAGUACUUUGAUUGGAAGUUGGGUAGGGUUCAAGGCAGAAUAAGAAAUCUGUUAAAGAAAAUUUCUAUUUAGCUCCCGUCUUUUUCUUAUUUGAUUAAGUAGAUUAUCUCACCUUUAUCACUUCUCUUUUAUGAAAGUCUGUCACAUUGCAGAUAUGCUUUUGCAUCCUGGGAGCUUUCCCUUUCUUUCGUUUGGGUUCUGCUGUCUAAUCCGAUAGAGAGACGAUAGAGGUUUUGACACUCCUUUCUUUACUAGGAGAGGUCGAGCUUAGAUGGGGAAAAAGGAUGUUUGUAUUUGAAGUCUCAGCUUCUUUGAAAGCUUUUAUUGUAGAUCGCUGUUUCAUUAUUUGCUGGAUUCCUCUCCUCUUAGGGAGUUGGUUUUCUCGCUCCUUUGGAAGGUGUAGUCCAGCCAGUUUCUUAUCCAACAAAAUAAAUAAUGGCAAAUAUCUCAAAACUUUGGAGGUUGUAUCAAUUUAAACUCUAUACUAACGAUUGUAUCAAUUUAAACCUUGAACUUUAGGGGUUGUAUCAAUUUAAACCCUGAAUUUUCAUAAGUCUAUCAAUUAUUAGUUUAAGUAAGGGAAAAUACUCCAGAACUUUGGAGGUUGUAUCAAUUUAAAUCCUAAACUAACGAUGGUAUCAAUUUGAAAUUUGAACAUUAGGAGUUGUAUCAAUUUAAACUCUGAACUUUCGUAAGUCUAUCAAUCUAAACCUUGAACUUUCAUAAAUGUAUCAAUUUAUACCUUCCUUCAGAUUUAGUUUGAAAAAUAUCAUGCUAAACAUUUAUUUUUUUCUCAAUUAAACUUAUAAAUUGUUAUAAGUGAAUCAAUUUAGAAUAUUUAUUAGGAAUAUAUUUGAAAAUCGAUGCAUAAAUUUUUAUACUUGUGUUGAUUUCUACAAAUGUCGAUUCACCAAAACUGACGACUAUAAUUUGAAUGGACAAUUUUCAAAUAAAUCUUAAUUUAGAGUCUAAAUUUAUUCACUUAUGUAAAUUUAGAGAUUUAAUUGAUAAAGUUACAAGCCUCACACAAUGUUUAUCCAAAUAAAACAUAAUAGAGGGUUUGAAUUGAUGCACUUCUGAAAGUUCAAGGUUUAAAUUGAUACAAUUAUUAGUUUAGGGUAUAAAUUGAUACAACCUGAAAAGUUCUAGGUUUAAAUUGAUACAACUCCCAGAUCUUGGAUAUUAGUUGUGAGCAAGACAAAUCUCGAGUAAAUGCCAAAUCUUGGGUAUUAAUUGCGAGCAGGAAAGGCUUGAUAGGUGGGUGAGAGAGGUUGGCUGUGAGGUCGGGACAUUUCCCUCUUGUUAUCUUGGUCUCCGAGAACUUGUAUAGAGAAGGAUUUCUUGUGGCGCAGCGGUUCUUCCAUACCACCUUAGUUGCCUGGCGUUGCUAUUGGCAUAACAACCAAUACACCAUAGGUUGGCCCAACCCAGUCCUCUUGUACUAGGGUUGGCUCCUCGCAGUUCUCCCCCUUUGGGGGGUAAUCCGAGGGCUUUGUCUUUUUGGGAUCCCAUCUCUGAGAAGAUUUGUAAAAGGCUAGCCUCUUGGAAGAAAGGUUAUUUCUCCAAGGUUGGUAGACUUACUCUGAUAAUAUUUGUGCUGAGUGGUAUCCCUAUUUAUUAUCUUUCCCAGUUCGGUCUGUAAAAAUAUUGAGAAAGACAUGAGAGACUUUCUGUGGGAAGGAGCGGGUGAAGGUAAGGGUUUUCAUCUGGUUAGCUAGGAGGGUGUGGGGUACUCUAUGAACCAAGGUGGGCUGGAGAUUGGUAAUUUAAGACUUCAGAACUUUCUGUUGGCUAAGUGACUUGGGGGUUUUGCCCUUGAGCCUAAACUUGUGCCAUAGAAUCAUUGGUAGUGAGCACAGUACUCAUCCUUUUGUUUCGGUGGAAAAUGGGGUUAGAGGCACACAUCGAAAUCCUUGGAAAGAUAUCGUGAUUGAGCUCCCCUCGUUUUCCCUUUUGGUUCAUUACAUCGUGGGGGAUGGCUAGGUGCGUAUUUUUGGGAAGACCAAUAGGUUAGGAAUAGCCCCCUUUGUCGUGGGUUCCCUCAUCUUUAUCAUUUGUCUUCCUUUAAGAAUUGUUUGGUCUUUGACUUUCUGGAAUGUUUGGGGAGGCGCUGUCUCAUUUUCUUUCGGUUUCUAUUGUCAUUUAUCCAAUAAGGAGACCACAGAGGUUGCUUCUUUUCUUUUGUUGUUGGGUGAGUGCAACUUCAAGGAGGGGAGAAGGGAUGUUCAGAUUUGGAAGCAUAAUCCUCUGUCGGAAAGUUGAGGAAAACCUAGAUCACCUUCUUUGGGACUGUCAAUUUGCAAGGUUCGUGUGGAUUUGCUUUUUAUAGGAGUUUGACGUUCAGAUGGCUGGUUAGAGGGAUAUUUGUACGAUGAUCGGAGAGUUCAUCCUUCAACCGCCUUUCGAAGAGAGGCCGUUGUGGUUUGCUGGGGUGUGUGCUAUGUUGUGGGACGUUUGGGGGAAGAGGAACAACAGGGUGUUUAGAGGUUUGAAAAAGGACCUUAGUGAGAUUUGGUCCUCAGUGAGGUUUCCUAUGUCACUUUGGACUUCGAUUUCGAAGCUUUUUUUUUGUUAUUAUUCAAUAUGUAACAUCAUGCUUAGUUGGAAACUCUUUCUUUAGGGGUUGCUUUUGAGGGCUUUUUUUUGUAUGCCCUUGUAUUCUUUCAUUUUUUCUCAAUGAAAGUUCUUAUUGAAAAAAAAAAAAAAAGAAAAAAAUGAUACAACUCCAUAUUAUAAAUUGAUAUUUACGCAAUAAAUAAAUAUCUCUAUUGUAAUACUUUUCUCUCUCUUUUCCUCUUUGUUUUUCUCAUUGUGGUUUACUUGUAAAGCUUAUAGGGACUUUUAUCUGUUUAUUUCCAUAUUAUUUUCGUUAUUUUGCUGCUACUGGUGGUUUAGAGCAUGUUUUGUACAGCUGUCUAUCAGAAUGAAUGUUCUUGUUGCUCAGCUUCCUUGGAAGGGGUGGAUCUAAUUUGCAAUUUUUGCUCCAAUAUAAGUUCCCCAUCUCACUGACUUUAUUUGCAACAGGAUUAUCUAAUAUUGUUGUUUGUCAUUGAGAUUUGUGGUUUAUGGCAUAGGACCAUACUUGGGAAUAUGCUUUUAUGGAGUUUCUGAAGAUGGAAGUCUUUCAACAGUAUAAAGCCGCCCCUUUUCUGUGUUUGCCUUGCCCUUGCAUCCAUGCGCUGCAAGACAAGUUUGGGGCCAAGGAACGAGCAUGCUAGCUGUUGGUUCAUCUGUUUUGUCGCAUCAUUGAUUCAACUAGCAAAAGGAAUAUCAUAUAUUUCCGACCUGCUAUCAUGAAAGAUACAACACAACAGAGGCCUUCACUGUUGCAAGAUGAAUGUCAUAAUUGCAUGGAACCUUCAUACUCAACAUUCUAGUUUGAAACUAUAUAUAUAUAUAUAUAUAUCAUUUAAAACUCAAUUCCCAUUCAGGAAUGUAGCUUGCAUUCCCUUUGAUUCUAGUUGCAACUUUGGCCUAAUAUUAGCCUCUCUUCUCCUCUUUUCUUUUUCUUUUUCAUUUUUUUUCUCCAAAUACAGUUGGCCUUACCUUUUGAUGAGCACAUUUCUUUCUCCUUCAGUGAUAUAACUUUCAGAUUUUUUUACUGUCAGUCUGUAUAGUAAAUUUCCUUUUAAAAAAAAAUAAUCA